AUGAUUAUCAUCAUCAUGACCAGCACAACCAUCACCGCCGCCGUUAUUAUUAUCACUACCCGUGUGAUUAUCAACACCACGACUAUAAUUACCGUCACCACCACCGUGCUACUUCAUUUUGCACCACCAGCCACUACUGAUUACCUCGGCUCAUCCCCGGUCCUGACCUCGGGCUACCUGGUCAGCCCUUCAUCCACGACUACUCCAGACUACCGCUACAGGCCGCGUCGCCCCCUGCCAGCCCAGCCCCCUGCAGGCCAGCCCCCUGCACACCUUCUGGGGCCACAGCGCCAACGCCAACUGCAACGCGAACUUCAGCAGCCUCAGCAACAGCAACAACAACAACAACAGCAACAGUGUUCCUCGUCUUUGUCUUCUUCCUCUUCUUCGUCUUCCUUUUCCUCUUCCAACAACAACAACAACAACAGCUACAGCACAGCCACAGCAGUCACUUCCCCCAGCAGUUUCAGAAGCGGGGUCGACGGGGGUCCGCUGUCGGCGUCCUGCUCGUCGGAGUACAGCCAGGGACUCUUCUCCAGAAACACUUUUCGGCGGGCGAGCAGUAGGCGGUCCCCCCAAGAAGGUGGUGGAGACGCCCACGCUCACCUUGCGCCCAUCAAGUCAUGCCUCGUCGCACGCCAGGAGGACGAGUAUGAGCAGGAGGGCGCCGUCUCGCCGACCCGAUUAAAAAAGAGAGUGGUGUUCGCCGAUGACCAAGGUCGCCCGCUCACAGAAGUCCGCCUCCUCACAGAACGGUCCGACUGCCCGCCCAGAUGGACCGCCGACUUCCUGGAGCAGGUGAGAGGGGGCGGAGGCGCUGGCGGACCAGUGGAGCUCGCCUUCCGCCAGCCGGCCUCGGACUACUCUGGGGAUGAAGGCCCGUUAGAGACCAACAACGUCUCGCUGGAAAACGUGGUGAUCAAGGAGUCCGAAGCCAGAGUCACCGGCACGGUUAAGGUGGGGUUGAGUCUCGUGCGUUCGUUCGUUCGUUUGUUGUGUCGGAACCUGUCGUACCACAAGCAGGUGAAGGUGCGCUACACGACCAGCAACUGGCUCGCGCACGACGACGUCUACGCGGACUACGUGCCCUCCGCCGCGACCGCCACGGGAGCCUCCUACGACCUCUACGACACGUUCACCUUCGCCCUGCCGCUGCCCUCGUCCAACCAGGCGGACAAGCUGGAGUUCUGCGUGUGCUACACCUGCAGCGACGCCGAGUUCUGGACAACAACAACAACCUGAACUACGU